GCAAAAAGAAGAAGAAGAAGGUUGUCAAGUCACUUGACCAUUGCUGCUCUGACACUGUGCAAAGAUUUUCAUUCCCCUCGAUCUGUAUUUUUAAACAUGCAAAGCUCCAAAGAAGCCGUGCAGGCAGCUGCCAAAGAGUUUCUGAAAUUUGUCAAUAAAGGAGUCUCUCCAUAUCACGUGGUGGAUGAAUGUAAAUCUCUCCUGCUGAAUGCUGGUUUCAAGGAGCUUAAGGAGGCUGAACACUGGGAAAUUAAACCUGCAAACAAGUAUUUUGUGACCAGGAAUUACUCCACCAUUAUUGCUUUUGCUGUAGGGGGGCUCUACAAACCUGGGAAUGGUUUUUCCAUGAUUGGUGCUCAUACGGAUAGUCCAUGUUUGAGGGUCAAGCCACGCUCUAAGAAGACAAAGUUAGGCUUCCUGCAGGUAGGAGUGGAGUGUUAUGGAGGUGGCAUCUGGAACACGUGGUUUGAUCGUGAUCUGACCAUUGCGGGACGUGUCAUGGUUAAGAGUGAGGGCAAGCUGGUGCAGCGUCUGGUUCACGUUCCUCGCCCCAUCCUCAGGAUCCCUCACCUGGCCAUUCACCUGCAGAGGGACAUUAAUGACUCUUUUGGACCUAACAAGGAAAACCACCUAACACCUUUACUGGCCACUGCCAUACAGGAGGAGCUGGAAACAGGAUGUGUUGCCUCUGGAGAUGCCUCUAAUGCAACAACCACAGCAGAGAAGCAUCAGCCUGCUGUGAUCCAGAUGCUGUGUGGACAGCUUGGGGUCGAGCCAGAUGCUCUACUGGACUUUGAACUCUGUCUGGCUGACACACAGCCUGGUGCACUAGGAGGUGUCUUUGAGGAAUUUAUCUUCUCUCCUCGUCUGGACAACCUGCACAGUUGUUUCUGUGCCCUCACGGCUCUAAUGGAUUCCAGCACACCUGAUUCUCUAGCUAAAGACACAAACAUCCGUAUAGUGUCCCUUUAUGACAACGAAGAGGUGGGCUCGGAGAGUGCUCAGGGAGCCCAGUCGAACCUUACCGAGUUGAUUCUGCGACGCUUGGCUUCAACGCCUGACAACCUGACUGCCUUUCAGCAGGCCGUGCCGCUGUCCUACAUGAUCAGUGCAGACAUGGCCCAUGCCACACACCCUAACUACCAAGAGAAACACGAGGAGAACCACAGACCUGCUUUUCAUAAGGGACCAGUCAUAAAGUUUAACAGUAACCAGCGCUACGCCACCACUGCUGUAACCGCUGCAAUAUUACGAGAGAUCGCUGGAAAAGUGGGCGUACCUUUACAGGAUGUGAUGGUUAGAAAUGACAGUCCUUGUGGAACAACAAUCGGGCCAAUUUUAGCUGCUCGGUUAGGAAUGGCAGUUCUGGAUCUCGGAGCGCCACAGCUAGCCAUGCACUCCAUUCGAGAGAUGUGCUGCACUUCUGGGGUUCUUCAGACCACCACACUCUUUAAGGGUUUUUUUGAGCACUUCCCCUUAGUACGAAGCUUGGUAUCUGUUGACUAGACAGUGGAUGGACUCGCUACAACCGCAUGGAUGGAUUAAUGGACGUUGUUAAUAGAGAAAUCAAUACCAGUCUUUUACAUUCUCAUUCAUUUUCUCAGCAUUAUCAUCUGUCCAUUUAUCAAAGUCUGUAACACACGGUGGAACAGGAGUUUGUUCUUUUGUAAACUUGUAGCACUUCAACAGUAUGACCAUGUUCUGUACUUGGUUAACUUGUUAAUAAAAUCAAUUAAAACUUA